AUGGAGCGGGUGUUUGUGGUCCUCAGCGAAAAUCCCCAGAUACAGGAGUAUCCAACUCCAAUCAGUCGUGUGACCGUGCACGCGCUAGCCUCCAGCGAGCUUGCGUUUCCGUUACGGGAGCCAAGGCCGCCUGAGGCUGCGGCUGCAGAUGCGCGCCCAGCGCCCCACCCGCCCAGUCCCCUCCCCCGGCCGCUCUCGCUCGCCACCCGCUCGCCGGCCUUCCCCUUUCCCACCCCCGGCAGCGUCGGCCGCCUCCGGGUGCGCAGAGCAGCGCCCCGCACGCGAGCCCCUCCUGCAGCCGAGCCGAACGUGGCGGGCGCCGAGCGCCGGGGGUGCGUAGCGCUGCCUCCGAGCCGCCGAGCAACCAUGAGCCGCGGCGCGGUGGCCCCGGAGAGCAGUGAGGAUCACAUCGCCUCUUCAGGAGACACAGAUUGCCCUAGCUCCAACCCCGAUACUUCAAAGGACUCUAAAUCAGGGGACGACAGCAGUUCUGAGAGCGGUGCUGAAAGUGACUCUGAUAAUGAGGAGCCAGAAACAGAAAACACAAAUGGGGAAUUGGGAGAGUCUUCCGCCAAGGGCGCCUCCUGCCAGGCUGAAGAAUGGGAGAGUAAAGAACUGCCCACAUGUCAUAUAAAUUCAGAAUUCCUUAAAAUCGAACCUCACUGUGAACACUGUAAUGCUGAAAAUAAACACAAUGAACAAGUGACGCCCAGACUUCUUUCUAAAGGACAGUUUUUACUGAAGCUGGACUCGGAGGGGACUUACGAGUGCACAGAAACUGGUCUGAUAUUCGAGGUUAACAGAAAGGUCGACAUAAAGUAUUGCGUUUUGUCCUGGAGCACGUACGCAGACCUGGUGGUUAAGCCCUGGGUUGUCGGGGGACCCUUGUUUGAUGUGAAGUGUGACCCAGCUGCUCUUACCUCCAUUGAGUUUCCACAUUUCCUCUGCCUGGGUCACCAUGAUGCCAAUAUGAUGUUCAAAGUCUUACAUGUUCAGAGUUCCGGGGCCUCAUUGGAAUGUACUGUGGACCAUUCUGCAAGCCAUGUCAAGUGGCACGUGAGCUCUCUGUCUCCCGUGGGACCUGUCAUUCAAAGUGAAGGAACGUUAUUCCACCACGGGGCUGUGAUUCUGUACAAAGUCGUCGACCAGAAUCCAUCCUUGUCUUUUCGCGUGUACGUAGUAACCAAUAACAACUCCUUCGUCCAGGAUAUUUUCACAUCUGUAAAGAAGUCCGCUAAGAAGUUCAUGAAGAUCGACAAGCCUCCCGUUUGCCAGAAGCCAUUGCAGAGUGGGAAGAAGUACCGACUGAUGAGCGAACCCGAGGCCGACAUCACCCCGGAGGAAAUUGAAUUCAUGGAUGGUUCACUUUUAAAACUGAAGAGUUAUAUUGAAGUUUAUUUGGAGCAACCCACGGAGUUUAAAUUACUGUUGGUCGAAGUGGAUUCCGAUGAGAUUGUAUGGAAAGCGAAACUAAGAGAAUGUGACUGGGUUCAAGAUGACAAGAGUCAGAACAUUUCAAAAAGCAGCACCAGAGGUAACAGGCGACGUAAAAUGAAUAGCGCCCUGCCUGAAGAGGAGGCCUAUGAGAAAAGGAUGAAGCAGGUUGACGCUUCAGGUGGAGCAAACACCCCUUUAACAGAGGCUCAUUUGAUUACCCUUGCUGGGAAGCUGGGGAAGGACUGGAUAAAAAUCGCCAUUGCCAAGCUGGACCUGGAUAUCAGUGUUAUUGACGCUAUCCGGGAGAAGAAAGAAAGCGAUACGAUUAGUACAUUUAAGAUGCUGCAGAAGUGGCAAGAAAAGGAGCAGAGCAAUGCCACAGUCCAGAAUCUGUACAACUGCUUGAAAGAUGUCUCAGUUGAAAUCCAAGAUGUGCUAGAAGGUUUCUUAUAGGCAAUAUAAAAUUUGGAAGAUGAACUGAAAAAGGAAGCCUCAGGAACUUUUUAUCUGCAAAAUACACCAUUUCAGCUGGUCAUUGGGUAUAGACAUGACAAAACCUUGAACUUAGUCUCUGGAAGCAACUUCAGGACAGCCAGCUGCUCUGUAGCUCACACUAUAUAAGGGUGAAGAGAAUAUAAACUUGUGGAAAACUUGAGGAAGAAAACACUUGUAUAAUAUCAAGACUUCUUUUCUUUUUUGGCACCUCCUGCUCAUACCCUCCCACCUGCUCCCCCACCCAGACAGGUAUAAUUACAAAGGGUGCUUAAAAUUGCUCAGCUCAGGCAGGUGAGAGAUGUGGUAAUUAUCCUUUUCGAGUCUUUGGACUAUGAAAUUCAUAUCAAGUAUUUGAAACAUUUUUAGCAAUUCAGUGAUGGUGUAUUUGAAUUUGCACCAGUUUAAUCUAGCUUUUAUUGUAUUGACAUUGACAGUGAAGGGAGGUUCCCCUUUUACAGUAGCUUCCACACAAACAGACACACGUGCCUCUGGGUUCAAGACAUCUUUUUACAUGGGAUGUAAUUUCCAUAUCCCAUUGCUAACCUGCCCGGCGAGUGGUCUGUUAAACCUCUAAUCCGGCAGUGUUACUCAGCCCCAGAGUGACUGCACAGGAAUGGGACCCUCUCCUGCCACAGGGUGGAUGCGCAGUGAGAUGGAAUGUCAGAGUCACUGCAGUUUUCAUCGACCUUCCGGAGUUGCUGGGCCAAACGCUACUGCAUGUCUUGACUUUCACCCUGGAUCAUUUAACUUUUGGGGGGAAGAUCCACUUGGAAAUAACGUUGGCAGGACCAAGGAAACUGUCACCUCUUCUAGAAGAAGACAUGCCCUAGGAAUAAUGGGUCACACUGGCUCUUGGUAACUGGUAAAAUGUCUUUUUUUUGGUAUGUGUAAAUAUUGUCACUCUCCCAGAAUCAUGCAUGCGGUGAUUAACAUUUUGGGUAUGUUUUGUUUACUUAUUUGAAGACGCUAUAAAUUACCAUUAGUCUUCUGUCUACGUUAGCUGGAGAGUAAAACAAAUGUCAAUGAAUUAAUCUGAGAAACACGCUUUAACUGUUAUUUUGCCUGUGGAGAACAAAUUCACCAUAGAGGGAAUUUUUAAUUGUCCGGGAUCCUGUGGAAUUCAAGUUAGUGUCACUUUAAUGAGUUUUUUUUUAAAUUGUACUGUAUUUUAGGAAACCUAUGGAAUUUUAACAUUCAGAAGUGUAAACUACUUUAAAGGACUUGAAUUUUUUAUUUUUUAUUAUUUUUUAUAAGUUUUUUCAAAUAAAAGCAUAAUUUCAGAGGUUCUUUGUAUAUCUGCUUAUUUCCUAACAGUUUUUGAUCUUUUUCGUACUAUGGACAAAAGGAAGAAAAAUAAAUAUGAAUUGGUACAGUGCAAAUGUGGCUCCUCUGUGUUCUUAUUUACUUACAGGUAACUUUUUACAGCGUCUUCUUCCUCCGUUGCUGUCACAUGACUGGGUGCAGCUGGGUGUGCGCAGCGCUGCAGUUCUGGAACUGAGGCCGAAUGCAUGUGAUCCCAGGAACACUGGUUCCCCUGGAGUUCGCGCAGGCUCAGCCCAGCACUUGGGCAGGUUCAGAACCCUCACCUCGCCUCACUCUGGGACUGCAUUCUGGUCCCUCUCUUCCCCUGGGGACAAGAAGGCAUGUUUUAUUUUAAACCAGGUGGAUUUAAUGCUGAGUUGUGGUGGCAUAAAGAGCUGAGUCAUAGUCUUCUGAAAAUGCUGGGUCGUGGUUAUCUAAAAAUGCUGAGUUCUGGUGCCUCAAGAAUGCUGUCAUGGUUUUCCAAAGAUGCCAAAUCGUGGCGCCUCAAAAAUGCUGAGUCGUGCUGCCUCAAAAAAAAGCUGUGAGGAUGCCUCAAAAAUGCUGAGUCAUAGCAGAAAUGCUGAGCCACGGUCCCUCCAAAACGCUGAGUUAUAGUGCAUUUUGACGCCCACAACUCAGCAUUUUAGAUAACCAUGACUCAGCAUUUUUAGAUGACCAUGACGAGAUGAUCAUAUACUCACGUAUUUGUUUUCUCUGGCCAUGGCACUCAAAAAUGGGAAGGGCAAAUCUUCACGGGUUCCCACUUGUUUUUCACUUCUGUUUCUAAUUUAGGAAUA